UCGUAUUCCCCUCCAAAUAAAAUAAUAUUAACUAAGAAAAUGUACGCGUCACGCGACCCCUCUGCUCGCCGUUUUGAAAUUUGAACUUGAAAUCCCUUCCGGAGAACAUGCAACGCCCUAUCUGCUUUGCUAUUGGAUCCAUCUGCGGGCCCCAUGUGACUCAGCCCGACUGCAACCGCAUCACGAGGCGGGUAGGCGAGUGGGUAAUCUUGGACUUUCAAGCAAAUGUUAGGUUCGCGACGUGCACAAAUAUAUACGCACAAUUCUUUUGCUGUCUCUCUACGGGAAUUUAGGGUUCCUUUUUCUCUCUCGCUCUUUCAAGCCGUCUCCGCCAAAGCCAAAUCCAAGAAGAGAAGCCUCGCAUUCCAAUUACAUAUACUUCAGUCGGAUGAUGCAUUGGCGCAGUCCGCAGUUCGCGUCUUCCUCUCUGCCCUCCGCCGAAGCAGCGGCGGCCGCAGCAGCCUCUGUCGAGGUUAGCUCGAAAUCUCGGAGUGCUUGGUUUCUUGAUGUGGAUGACGAUGGGUAGUGGCCGCCCGAUGAGUGAGUGAGUUGUCUUUUGCCUUCUUGUUCUUGCGAUCCCUUUUGUGGAAUCGGGUAGCUUCGUGGAGACUUGCUGGUUUUGACCACCUACCCAAUUAUGUGGCGUCCGCCUUCGUUUGGAGAACACUUUCCUUCCUUUUUCUUUUCCUGCGUGCAAGAAGCCGUAAUGAACCGUCCAGGAUAUGGAUGUGUAUUGCCUGUAUCCAAGAUGUUGAUCAUGUACUUGCAGAUGGACCGAUCGGACACAUCUUGCAGUUGCUCGCAUUGUGUUGGGGGGCGGUUACAGUGCCGUGAAUUGUUUUGGAACUUCAGUCCUCAUCAUACAAAGCAGGAAGAUUUUGGUGGUUCUGCUCUAUCCUACCAGUUAAAAUGCCCAAGGAAAGGAGGUCACGGUCUCUGUCAUUUGAACGGCGAUCCCGUGCAUCACCUUUUCCAUCUACUUCUUCCUCACGUAUCCAAACUGAUUCUGUGGAGUCGGCCAAGGACAUUAAAGAAUGGGAGGAGGUUCGUUGCCCUGUGUGCAUGGAGCACCCCCACAAUGCUGUUCUCCUUCUAUGCUCCUCACAUGACAAUGGUUGCCGUCCGUUCAUGUGUGACACUAGCUAUCGUCACUCUAAUUGUCUGGAUCAGUACCGCAAGGCCUUCUCUGGAUCUAAGUCACUCCAGGAUAAUGGUGAUGCACAACAGCCAGCUAAGCUUUCAUGCCCUCUUUGUCGAGGGCUAGUCACUAGUUGGACAGUCAUAGAGCCAGCUCGCAAAUAUAUGAAUGCUAAGACUCGUAGCUGCUCUAUGGAGUCAUGUGCAUUUAGUGGUGUUUAUGGUGAGCUAAGGAAGCAUGCAAGGAAAGAGCAUCCAUCUGUGCGGCCAUCAGAGGCAGAUCCUGAUCGACAGCAAGACUGGAGAAGGAUGGAGCGACAGCGGGACCUUGGAGACCUGCUCAGCAUGUUUCGUUCAUCAGUUACCAGAGAGGAAGAUGGGUUCUACAUUAAUGAGGAUGACGAAGAGGCUAAUGGCAGCGUCUUCAUAUUUCCCUCGGUCACUAUGCUUUUGGUAGUGCAUGUGCGUCAAGCUGGAGGUAGCGAUACUGCUCGUUCAUCUCUGCCACAGUCUUCUAGACCAAGAACCUCUCUGCAGGAUUCAUCAAGGGGUCAAAGGGGAAGUAGAGUGAUACUAUGGGGAGAGACCUUGAGCAAUUCAACAUCUGUUGGGAGAACGAGCCAUAGCAAUGGAGCUAUUGGCGAUGGUGGAUCUGAUGAGACAGAUGCAGCUUCUCAACAGAACCAAGAAAGGCAGUGACGGCAGUUCCGGAUGUUGGAUGAUGAUGGUGUAUCUUGAUUCUAGUUUUCCUUUUCACGUUUGAAGCGCAGCUAGUUUCUGUGCACUUGUCAUUGGACUAUGGUCAAGAUGAUAGAUGAUUGUGAUGCAUUGUGAUGUUAAUUCUUUGUGUAGCCUUUGAAUCUCUGAACUGGCUGCUGCAUGCGCACAGCUCAUGGUUAAUCACUGCUGCUUUUACCGCAGCAAGCAACAUUCACAGAUAUUGUAAAGUUGUUCAUAUAAUCCGUUGUUCUGGAAGUGCUGAGCCAAAUAAUGAUGAUUUCCUGCCUGAUCUGGACUCAAGUAUUAAAGUAAAGAAGUAAAAGAGAUUGGUCA